AUGGCGGGGUCGCCGCUGCUCCGCGGGCCGCGGGCCGGGGGCGUCGGCCUUUUGGUGCUGCUGCUGCUGGGCCUCCUUCGGCUACCACCCGUGCUUGGCGCGAGGCCGGUAAAGGAGCCCCGCAGUCUGGGCGCAGCGUCGGCAGCCAUGACCGAGGCUGGCUCUCCCCGCCGCUUCCGACGGGCAGUGCCCCGCGGAGAGGCAGCGGGUGCGGUGCAGGAGCUGGCGCGGGCGCUGGCGCACCUGCUGGAGGCCGAGAGGCAGGAGCGGGCGCGGGCUGAGGCGCAGGAGGCCGAGGAUCAGCAGGCGCGUGUCUUGGCGCAGCUGUUGCGCAUCUGGGGCUCCGUGCGCGCUCCCGACGCGCCCUUGGCCUUGGAUGACGAUCCCGAUGCUCCAGCCGCGCAACUGGCGCGCGCCCUGCUCCGUGCCCGCCUGGACCCCGCCGCCCUCGCUGCCCAGCUGGCUCCCGCGCCGGCCCCCGCCGCCGCACUGCGACCCAGACCCCCCGUGUACGACGAUGGCCCCACAGGUCCAGAUGUGGACGACGCCGGGGACGAGACACCCGACGUGGACCCGGAGCUCCUGAGGUACUUGUUGGGCCGGAUCCUCACUGGAAGCGGAGAACCGGAGGCCGCGGCUGCCCCGCGCCGCCUCCGUCGCGCUGCAGAACCGGAUCUGGGUCCAGAGGUGCCCCCUGAGGGCGUACUGGGGGCCCUGCUGCGCGUGAAACGCCUGGAAAACUCCCAGCCUCAGGCACCCGCACGACGCCUCCUGCCGCCCUGAUCACCGCCAGCUGGAGGCGCCCCUGAACCCCGACUCCCGCACACGGCCUUCCAGCCAGCACGUCAUCCACCAGCUUACAUCUACAACCCCAAGAUUCCCAUCCUGCCCCUCAAUAAAUACUAUC